UGUUGUUGCUCGGUGUUUUUAUGCAACUUUCGAAUCGUAGAGAUGGCGCAUGUUUGGACCAUGCUGAAUGGAAAAAUCCUGCAGAAGCAAUGUGUUUUUAAGCAGCUAAAGAGCUGCUUCACAUCACAUGCUAUAAGAGGCCCAAGAAUAACAAACUUGUCAAAGAACUUGAUUAAAAAUUCAAAAUUUUUGAGGUCAAACACAGUGAAUGCAACAGCUCAGGUGGGGGCAACUGCAGACAAAUCACUAAAUCCAAAAACACAAAAGUACAUUGGCUACUGGCUGUUUGGCUGCUGUGGGCUUGUAGUUGGUUCAGUGUCUCUAGGAGGGAUUACAAGGUUAACGGAAUCUGGGUUGUCGAUGACGUCAUGGCAUCUUAUUCGUGGAAUGAAACCUCCAAGAUCGGAGGAAGAAUGGCUAGCUGAAUUUGAAAAAUACAAAGAAUGUCCGGAAUAUAAAUAUUCAAAAUUGGGAAUGUCACUCGAAGAAUUCAAAUUUAUAUUUUACAUGGAAUGGGCACAUAGGAUGUGGGGCAGAUUGGUUGGCGUGGCUUUCUUCCUCCCUGCAGCCUUUUUCUGGAGCAAGGGCUGGAUAACAAAGGCGAUGAAGCCUCGUUUGUUAAUUUACGGGCUUCUUCUCGGUGGACAAGGUUUAUUAGGCUGGUAUAUGGUAAAAAGUGGACUACGAGAGGAUACAAUGAGCAUGUCCACGCAGGCACAACCUCAUGUAAGCCAGUACCGCCUCGCAGCGCAUCUUGGCAUGGCAUUCGCCUUGUACUCUUUGAUGUUCUGGCAAGGUCUUGCGCAUGUCCUAAAACCAGAGACGAUGACUGUCGUCUCGGCCAAAUUGUCGAAGUUAAGAGGACUCUCUCAUGGCUUAGUCUCUUUGACUUUUUUCACUGCAUUGUCAGGCGCAUUUGUUGCUGGUCUUGACGCCGGCCUAACUUACAACACAUUUCCAAAGAUGGCGGAUCGAUGGAUUCCAACUGACCUUUGGGCUCUAUCACCCUGGUUUAAAAACCUCUUUGAGAAUCCAACAACAACACAGUUCAACCAUAGGAUAUUGGGUACUACUACGUUAGCUGCGAUUGUUGCCGCUUGGUGUCUUGCUAGGCCAGUUGCAUUGCCUUAUCGUGCGAGGAUGUCCGUGAAUUUGCUUCUUGGAAUGUCCUUUAUGCAGGUUGGCCUAGGCAUCACUACUUUACUCACCUACGUACCAACAUCACUUGCAGCUGCGCAUCAACUUGGCUCUUUAACUCUGCUUUCCAUUGCACUUUGGUUUGAAUACGAAAUGAAACUAGCGGCUAAGUUCAUACCAAAGUGAAGUAGCAUAAUUCUGUUUAGUAAUUCUUGUGUGAUUCUAGCUUACAAUGCUACAUUAGAAGCGAAUUCAACUCUUUUCCUUUCCCUUUCCCUAGUGCCCCCUUAGUCCUCUUUGGCUUGCCUAUAGAAAUGUCGACUCGCUAUAUUUGGUUAUCUGAAUCAAGAGAGGCGUUAACUUUAUGGGAGGACAGCGUUCGUUGUGAUUACCAUCGGGGCCUUUUAUCUAAUUUCCAUAAGGCCAUGUACCUAUAAAUUUCACUUAGCUUACGUCUACUGUUUGAGUUUUAGCCCAAGAGAAACAUUCCACCAUUAAUUUACAAAGGAUAGCAAAAUAUGGUGAUGCAAAAUAAUCAAUUAUAGCAACCCAUUCUUUGUUUUGAUUUUUGUUCCAUUUUAGAAUUUUCAAAAUUCUCAAACUGUUUGCGAUAGAUUGAUGAUUUCUAAAUUUUGCAAACAUGCAACUUUUACCCAUGACUUGUUCCAUAUUUUGUCCUAAUUUUCUAGUUACAACCGCGAUGAAAUUUGUUCCUAUAAUACGUUUAUCUGAUAAUUGAAAAAUAAAACAAUCUCUUUUGAGUAAUGUUUCUGCUUUCCUGUAAUAUUUUCAAGGGAGCUAUGAGCUCACUCUAAAUAGAGUACAAUUUAAAACGUGUGUUUUUUCUGUUUGGGCUUUCAAAUUUUCCAAACUCAGUGAGAACUAUUAUAGUCAAUACAAAACUAUUGACUAUUGUUUUUUCUACUGACUAUGGUACUAUCACUAAUCGACAAAAAAGACCGGAUCGAGCUUCGAAUGUGACCAGAGUGUUGCCAUCCGAAAAGAUGGCCCAAGAACAGCCCAUGCGAGGAGAGGGCCUUCAUUGUCACUCUUAGCAAUGUUUUCAGCUGCUCUGGCCUUGUUCUUUUUCAGCAGUCAUACACAGUAUGGUAGAUCUCGUGUAUCCAUAUCGUUUAAGUAUUGGUUUGAAGGAAUAGCUUCCCGCUUUUAUUUGGGUCCUCUUCCUCUUGAAAUUGAGUGGGCUUCGAACUCUAUUAUUUCAAGGCAAUAGAAAGCUCUACCCAUUCUUUUUCAUUUUUCAGUGGGUAUUAUGUAGACGAAAACUUAGUGGCUACUGAUACUGAUACUCAUUUUCCGUGUUGUAAACAAAAUUACUGGGAGACCGAAAUUCUUCCAAUCUUGCUCUUUAUCCAUCACUUAAAAAGACGGUAGGCUAUUGUUUGGUCUUUUCCCUUGAGAGACUUUAAAAACCAAUCUUAAGGAAGGUAUAUUCCACAGAGAAUUGCACGUGCAUUUGUCAGUUACUGUGGCCUUGGUUGUCUUCGGAUUGGCAAGGAAGGCAAUGUGUGCAAAGUUGCAGGACGAGUGAAUAUAUACUGCUUUACAAUUCGAGUAUGAAACUGAUGUAGUGAAAGCGAAACGUUUACCAAAAGUGUUUUCAACUAUGAUGCCUUCAGAUUACAAUCAUGAUAUACUUAGUAGCAGCAUCAUGGUUACAGAAAACAUUUCGAGCCGAAGUUUUGGCACUGGCUUGCUACACAAAGGGACUGGUCAUAAAGGAUUAGAAGCGCGAAGAGUGCAACGUUGGUUAUUUGUCGUGUUUACGGUCUUGUAAUUUGCCCUCCGCAAGAACGUUUUAUGAUGAUUGAAAGAACACAUGAGCUUUUAGCAGCAAAUUAUUCUACAUUCACUCUAUCGAAGAGGGUAACGACAAAGUCUAAGUGCUAAAAAUGAAAUCCACGAUGUAUUUGGUGUUCUUCGUGAUUUUCGUCAACAUCUGUACCAGUUCGUCGAAGCCCGCACCGAAGGUACCAAACAUUGAAGUACCAGAAAGCAAGCCAGCAGAGAGUCUGCAGGUCACUAAAUCAACAAAAGAAAUUCAAGCUGUCGAGCUCCAGAGAGUGAGAAAUCUUCUGCAAAGGGCACUCAACAACGCUUUUAGAAUGGUAGAGAAAGUAGAAAGAUCGCAGAGACGGAAACGUGGACCAUCAAGAGGAGGUCGUAGAAGAACUUGUUUACGCAGGGACAGACGAACCGGACGUUGCUUGCGAUUUCGCUUGCUUGGAAUGUGGCAGGGUUAAUGCGAAGUUUCAUUUCAACAUUACCACUGAAGCUCAGCCUUUGAAACGAGAUUUCUGCACCCAUUAGAGGCAGAUCUAAAAUUGGCUUUAAAAACUGCAAAGGUGUCAAGCCAAAACAGAGGUCACGCUGGCCUAUCGGUAUUCUUGGUAAGCAAUGGACUUUGCAGGAAAUGACCACUUGCUCACGAUGAACCAAUUCGAGGCAGCGAAACUCAGAGUCAAUGACUCAACAUUAAUUUAUAAUAAGAUUUGUAAAUAAAUAGAAGAAUUGUAUUUAUUAACUGGAUGAAAUAGUCUAUUAAUUUUAUUCUAUGCCUGAGAUUCGUAGGGAAUUUCGCAUUUUUGAAAGAAAAUAUACAGAAAA